AUGAGCUUUGAAUCCCUGCAGUGGGGAAAUGUCAGCAGCCCCACUACAUUUCUUCUUUUGGGGGUUUCCAAUGCCUACAAAGAACAAGUGACCCUCUGCAUGGGCUUCUCACUAAUUUAUCUGGUGACUCUGCUGGGGAAUCUCCUCAUAAUGACCCUUGUCUGGCUGGAUGGUCACCUGCAUUCCCCCAUGUAUUACUUCCUGGGCCACCUCUCCUUCCUGGACAUCUGCUACUCCUCUGUCACCCUCCCUAAGAUCCUCAAGGACUCCUUCUCACCACAGAAGACCAUUUCCUUUGUGGGCUGCAUUACACAGAUCUAUUUCUUCCUUUGCUUUGGGGGCUCUGAGUGCAUGCUCCUGGCUGCCAUGGCCUACGAUCGGUAUCUGGCCAUUUGCCACCCUCUCCACUACUCAGCACUCAUGAACAAGAAGAUUUGCCUCUGCUUAGUGGCUGCUUCAUGGCUGAGCGGCUCGUUCUCAUCUCUGAUCCAAGCCUUCCUUACAGCCCACUUACCCUUCUGUGGGUCCACUGUGAUCGACCACUUGUUCUGUGAGAUACCCUUCUUGCUAAAGGCAUCCUGCAGCCCUAACACUCACCUCAACAAGGCUGUGUCAUAUGCUUUAGCUGGGACUAUUGCAAUGGGCUCUUUCCUCUUCAUUCUCAUGUCGUAUGUUCGCAUCACCUGGGCUGUCCUCCAGAGGAGAGCAGGAAGGCAGAAAGCCUUUGCUACCUGCACCUCUCAUCUGACCGUGGUGUCCCUGUUCUUUGGUGCCGGGGCCAUCACGUACCUGCUUCCUCACUCCAGCUGCUCCAAGGAGAUGCAUGAGGUCCUUGCCCUGCUGUAUGCUGCUGUAACCCCCAUGCUGAACCCCAUCAUCUACAGCUUGAGAAACAGUGAAGUCAAAGGGGCCAUCAGGAGGGCCCUGCACAGGGAGGUGUUGAAGCAGGGAGUCUCUGCUUAG